AUGUUCUCUCCCAUGAUGAGGAGAGCCUUCAAUUGCAGAACAUCUGCCGUUUCGGCCACUGGAAUUACCAAUCGUCUAACCAAGGUUGGUGUACAAGUUAAGUUGGCCAACUUCUCCACUGCCAAUGGCCCCAGGACAUCCAGAGCAAUUUCAUCAUCAUUUGUGAAGAGUACAAUUGCUCAAGCAAAGCCAUAUCCCCGGAUUAUCACGAAACUUUCUCCCAGUUACGGACAGCUCCGUUCAUAUGCCCACUACAAAAGAUUCCAGCAGGCUGGGGGUUCUAGUUCUGGUGUGUCGCUUUCACGACUUCUUCUGAACAGAUUUGUCUUAUUAUUUGUAGGUGGAUGCGUCUUCUUCUACGUAUAUAACCUUGAUGAGGCCCCUUACACCCACCGUCGCAGAUUUCUCUGGAUUCCAUACUGGUUGGAGGAAAAGAUAGGAGACUAUUCGUAUGAGCAGAUUUUGGCACAGUUCCAAGGCCAAUUAGCAUCUCCAAUGGACCCUAAUUACCUCCUUAUUCGCCAUGUGAUGAACAGGUUAUUGGCAACUGCCAUUGACGGGUGCAAAGACCCUCAACAGGCUGCCCACUUGAAGUCUCUUGAUUGGACCAUUCACAUCAUUAAUGUGAAAAAUGCGCUAGAGGAGCCUCCCAAUGCGUUCAUCUUGCCAAACGGCAAAAUCUUCAUAUUCUCUUCUAUUUUGCCUAUUUGCAAGAACCAAGAUGGACUUGCAACGGUUCUUUCCCAUGAGUUGUCCCAUCAAUUGGCGCACCAUUCGCUGGAGCAGUUGAGCAAACAACCAAUCUAUAUUAUGCUCUCAACUAUGUUGUAUGUGGCAACUGGAAUUUCUUGGUUCACAGAUUUGUUGGUGACUGGAUUGUUUCAGAUGCCAGCAUCCAGAGAAAUGGAGUCAGAGGCAGAUAGAAUUGGAUGUGAGUUGAUGGCGAGACUGUGUUUCAAUGUCGAAGAUGCUGUAAAUUUCUGGGCAAGAAUGGAAAACUGGGAGCAACAGGCCAAAAAGAAUAUGAUCACUUUGAACGAUACUUUAAUUGGCGAGUUUUUUGCUUCUCAUCCCAACACCAACAAGAGAAUCUCAGACAUCAAGAAAUGGAUGCCUGAAUUAUUGCAAAUGAGAGAGAAUUCUAACUGCGACCACUGGGGAACAUUCCAGGAUUUUAGCCGUAACUUCUUCGGGAAGAAGUGA